AUGCUACGUACAUCAGGAUUAGUGCUUUUUCUCCUUUCUCAAAUUUCCUAUGCCGAGCAAUCUCUCUGGGGCCAAUGCGGCGGUAGUGGAUGGACAGGAUCAACAGUGUGCACAGCAUCGGCAACUUGCAGCACCUUGAACCCCUACUACGCACAAUGUCUCUCCGCAACUGCGACAACAAGCACAAGCACGACAACCAAGGCUACAACGUUGACUACCGCUACGAGCACGACAACCAAGGCUACAACGAGCACCACUACAAAAUCAUCAACCGGAACUACCACUACAGCCCCUGCUACUACGAACAGUGGAAAUCCCUUUAGCGGCUAUCAGCUCUAUGCAAACCCUUACUACUCCUCCGAGGUUUUCACAUCGGCAAUUCCGUCCCUGACAAGCUCUCUCGCGGCAAAGGCUAGCAAGGUUGCUGAAGUUCCAUCUUUUGUUUGGCUUGACACUGCUGCCAAGGUUCCGACUAUGGGCACAUAUCUUGCCGACAUCCAGUCAAAGAAUGCGGCCGGUGCCAGCCCACCUAUUGCGGGGAUCUUUGUGGUUUAUGACUUGCCAGACCGUGACUGCGCCGCUCUUGCCAGUAACGGCGAAUAUUCAAUUGCCAAUAAUGGAUUAGCGAACUACAAAGCAUACAUUGACUUAAUCAGGGCUCAGAUUGUCAAAUAUUCUGAUGUGCAAACUAUUUUGGUCAUUGAGCCGGAUAGCCUCGCCAAUCUCGUUACCAAUCUAAAUGUGGCUAAAUGCGCCAAUGCUCAGGCUGCUUAUCUAGAGGGCAUCAACUAUGCGUUGAUCCAGCUCAACUUGCCAAACGUGGCUAUGUAUCUUGACGCCGGACAUGCCGGCUGGCUGGGCUGGUCAGCUAAUCUUCAACCGGCCGCCACGCUCUUUGCCAAUGUAUACAAGAACGCGUCAUCCCCCGCUGCUGUGCGCGGAUUAGCCACUAACGUUGCCAACUAUAAUGCCUGGACAAUUAGCAGUUGUCCAUCCUACACAUCGGGAAACACUAACUGUGACGAAAAGCUCUAUGUCAAUGCCAUCGCCCCUCUACUUUCUGCUGCGGGCUUUUCCGCCCAUUUCAUCACCGAUACUUCACGUAAUGGUGUUCAGCCAACCAAGCAAAAUGCCUGGGGUGACUGGUGCAACGUUAUUGGUACUGGCUUUGGGGUUCGCCCUACUACAGAUACUGGGGAUACUCUUGAAGAUGCAUUUGUUUGGGUCAAGCCCGGCGGAGAAUGCGACGGUACAUCAGACACCACAUCUUCACGAUAUGAUGCACACUGCGGAUAUAGUGAUGCUUUACAGCCUGCCCCAGAAGCAGGAACAUGGUUCGAAGCCUAUUUCGAGCAGCUGCUUGUGAAUGCCAAUCCUUCUUUUUAA